AUGGAUUACAUUAAACGCAUCCCCGGCCGUGUCUCGCACGCGCUGUCUACUGAUAUCACAAUCAACCGCACGAUUCGCUAUGGUGGCAAGACCGCCCGCGCAGCGCCCUCUGCCGCCGUCCAGUAUCUCGUUGAGCGAGUGCCGGUGGUGCAUUGGCUGCCCAAGUACAGCCCGCGGUGGCUGCUGAACGACACGCUCGCCGGCAUCACUGUCGGCGUGCUGUUGAUUCCGCAGUCGCUGGCGUAUGCAAAGAUCGCCACCAUCCCGGGCGAGUACGGGCUGAUGUCCAGCUGGCUGCCCAACUUCUUGGUUUUCAUCAUGGGCACAUCGAAGGAUCUCUCGACCGGCCCGACCUCCCUCAUGGGCCUGCUCACUGCCGAGAUCGUGGCCGACGUGGUCAAGGAGGGCUACACCGCACAGGCCAUUGCCUCUGCCGUUGCCAUGUCGGUUGGCAUCUACUCGCUCGCGAUUGGUCUGCUCAAGCUGGGCUUCCUCCUCGAAUUCAUCUCCGUGCCGGUGCUGAGCGGCUUCAUCUCCGCCGCCGCCAUCGUCAUCAUGCUGGGCCAGAUCCCGUCGCUGUUCGGCAUCACCGUCCGCUCCGGCACCGCCAACAUCAUCCACGACAUCUUCGCCAAGAUCCCGCAGUGGGACGGCGCCACCACCGGCAUCGGCCUGGGCGGCAUCCUCAUCCUCGUGCUGAUGCAGAAGAUGGGCCAGCGCUGGGGCAAGCAGAGCAAAGCAGUCUGGCUGCUCGCCCUCGGCCGCAGCGCCGUCGUGCUCAUCCUCUUCACCGGCCUGUCGUACGGGCUCAACAAGAACCGCGCCGACGACCCCGUCUGGGCCCUCAGCAAAGUCAAGUCUAAUGGUAUCACUAGCCCCAAGAUGCCCGACACCCAGCUCAUCCAGACCGUGUUCCCCCGCGCCAUCGCGCCCUUCAUCGCCGCCGCCCUCGAGCACCUCGCCAUCGCCAAAGCCUUCGGCCGCAAGAACGACUACGUCACAGACCCCGCCCAGGAACUCGUCUACCUCGGCACCACAAACUUCUUCAACUCGUUCUUCUCCUCCAUGGCCGUCGGCGGCGCCAUGUCGCGCACCGCCGUGAAUUCGGACUCGGGCGUGAAAUCCCCCGCGUACGGCAUCAUCGCCGGCGGCGUCGUUAUCUUAUCGAUCUUCAAGCUCAGCCCCGCGCUGUUCUGGAUCCCCAAGGCGACGCUCGCGGCCAUCAUCGUCACCGCCGUGUGGCACAUCGUCAUCCCGCCGUCCGUGUUCUACGGGUACUGGAAGACCUCGCUCGUCGACUUCACCGCCGCGAUGCUGGCCUUCUGGCUCACGCUCUUCCAGUCCAGCGAAAUCGGCAUCGGCACCGCCGUCGGCUUCAGCAUCGCAUACCACCUCCUCUUCGCGGCGUUCCACCGCGCGCGCCGGCUGACGUGCCUCCCCGCCGCGCCGGCAACACAUAAGACGCAGGUCCCGCUCGACACCCAGCUCUUCGCGCUGCACCAACCGCUCCUCUUCCCCAACGCCUACAGCCUGAAAUCCCAGAUCACAGACUCCCUGGCCACCUUCUCCUCGCCCGCGCCUGUGUCUCCCACCGCCCACGCAGACAGAAACUGGAGCGUCGCAGCAUCCCACCGCGCGACCUUACUCCGCCGGCGCGCAAACAUCGACCCCGACGACGAGCCCGUGCCCCUGCGCACGCUCAUCCUCGACCUCACGGGUGUGUGGAAUGUGGAUACCACGGGCCUCACCGCCCUCCGCGACCUUGUCGCCGACGUCCACAAGUUCGGCGGCCGUGGCGCGGAGGUCAGGUUUGUGGGGUUGAAUGAGCGGGUUAAGCUCAGGUUCGCGCGGUUCGGGUGGCCGGUUAAGGAGGUCGGGGGCGAGGGGGAUGGGGGGGUGGAGGCGCCGGAGGGGAGUAUGGGGGUUUUUCGCACUGUCGGGGAGGCGUUGGAGUGGCGGCGGGGGAGUGGGGAGUUUGGCGCCGAGGAGGUGUUUGUUGUUGGGGAUGAGAAGGGGGUUGUGUGA